UACUCGCCGGAAUCAAUGGCAUCUCCGGCGAUCCAACGCCUCUCAACUUUUAAAGACCGUUCUACCCCUACCGGAACCCUAACUCCGACCACCGCCACCUCACUAGAUUCCUUCACAUCCGAUCCAAUUUUCUCUUCAUUCCUAACCUCAGAUUUCGACUCCACGCGCUUCUCAUCCCACGCGCUCUCUUCCGGUUCCGCCGCAUCACGCAUCGAGAAACUACAAGAAGGUCUCAAUCUCCUCAACACACAGCUCCGUACUGAAGUACUUACACGUCAUCAUGAUUUACUCAAUCAACUCACUUCCUUACGCGCUGCUGAACACGCGCUCUCCACGCUCCGUUCUUCUGUUACUUCACUUCAAUCCUCACUUAAACGUACCCGAACCGAACUAUCCGAUCCGCAUCAAGUAAUUUACGUAAAUACCCUUAGGUUAAACAAUUUACAUUCCACAAUUGAGUUGCUUCAGAGUACAAUUAGGGUUAUUCGUUUAUCGAAAAAGUUACGUGAUUUAAUGGGGUCGGGUCAGGACAACCCGGAAAAAGAAUCGAAAUUGGAUCUUUCGAAAGCUGCACAGUUGCAUUUUGAGAUAUUGUCUGUUUAUAAUGAGUAUAAUUUAGUUGGGAUUGAUGUGGUUGAUUUGGAGCUAAAAUGGGUUCUUGAAAUCGGAGGGAAAUUGCGUUUCGAAGGGAUGAAAGUGUUGGAGAGAGGACUUGAGGGUUUGAAUCAAGCUGAAGUUGGUGCUGGAUUACAAGUUUUUUAUAAUAUGGGUGAGUUGAGAGGAACUGUUGAUGGAUUGGUUAGUAAGUAUAAAGGAAUGGGAGUUAAGAGUGUAACGAACGCGUUGGAUAUGAAGGCGAUAUCGGUUGGUGGUGGUGGUGGUGGGUUUGGUGGGGGGCCGGGUGGGGUGCAGAGAAGUGGGACCCCGCAAUUUGGAGGGAGUGGGAAAGCGAAGGACGCGUUGUGGGGAAGGAUGAAUGGGUGUAUGGAUCAGUUGCAUUCGAUUGUUGUUGCUGUUUGGCAUUUACAGAGAGUUUUGUCGAAGAAAAGAGAUCCGUUUACUCAUGUUUUGUUGCUCGAUGAAGUCAUGCAGGAAGGUGAUCCGAUUUUGACAGAUCGCGUUUGGGAGGCAUUGGUUAAGUCUUUUGCUAACCAAAUGAAGUCCACUUUCACCACAUCAAGCUUUGUUAAGGAGAUAUUCACUAUCGGGUAUCCAAAACUCUUCUCUAUGUUAGAAAACCUGCUUGAAAGAAUUUCACGUGAUACAGAUGUCAAAGGAGUUCCACCAGCUCUCAGUCCAGAAGCAAAGGACCAAAUGUUAUCUUCCAUUGAUAUAUUCCAGACUGCUUUCCUAACCCUCUGUCUGAGUCGUCUUUCGGAACUUGUUAAUACUGUGUUUCCAGUGUCUAGUCGUGGAAGUGUUCCCUCAAAAGAACAUAUCUCAAGGAUUAUAUCACGAAUUCAAGAAGAAAUAGAAGCCGUCCAAAUGGAUGCCCGGUUAACUCUUCUUGUCUUGCGUGAGAUCAACAAAGUUCUGCUUCUGCUUUCAGAAAGAACAGAAUACCAGAUAUCUGCAGGGCCUGAGUCACGGCAAAUAACAGGUCCUGCAACUCCAGCACAGGUGAAGAACUUUGCAUUAUGCCAGCAUCUGCAAGAAAUCCAUACCCGCAUAUCAUCUAUGGUGUCAGGAUUACCAGCUAUUGCAACCGAUAUUCUGUCUCCUUCACUGGGAGCUAUCUAUGGGGUUGCAGGUGAUUCAGUAACACCACUAUUCCAAUCAAUGCUUGAUCGACUCGAGUCAUGCAUCUUGCAAAUUCAUGAUCAAAAUUUCGGUAGUCUCGGUAUGGAUGCUGCUAUGGACAAUAAUGCAUCGCCUUAUAUGGAAGAGUUGCAGAAGAGUAUUCUCCAUUUCCGUAGCGAAUUCCUGUCCAGGCUGUUGCCUUCUUCGUCAAGUAGCAUUACUAGAGGUUCAGAAACUAUUUGUACUAGACUCGUGAGGAGCAUGGCGUCUAGAGUUUUGAUAUUUUUCAUCAGGCAUGCUUCACUUGUUAGACCUCUCUCGGAAUCAGGCAAGUUGAGAUUGGCCAGGGACAUGGCUGAGCUGGAAUUAGCGGUUGGCCAAAACUUGUUUCCAGUAGAACAGCUCGGUGCACCAUAUCGAGCACUUAGAGCAUUUCGUCCUGUUAUAUUCCUUGAAACAUCUCAACUUGCAUCAUCACCUCUUCGUCAAGAUUUACCACCAAGUGUUAUACUGCACCAUCUUUACUCACGCGGGCCCGAAGAACUUCAAUCACCUUUGCAAAGGAAUAGACUUACUCCGAUGCAGUAUUCACUAUGGAUGGAUUCACAAGGGGAGGACCAGAUAUGGAAAGGGAUUAAAGCUACUCUGGACGAUUAUGCUGCUAAGGUACGGUCAAGAGGGGAUAAGGAAUUUAGUCCUGUCUAUCCUUUGAUGCUAGAAAUCGGUUCCUCUUUAUCUGGGAAUCGUUAACAGGAACAUUGAGAAAAUGCACAGCUUGAAUAUUCUUUUCUUGGUAUACACCUUUCGUUGGAAUUUUGUUUGAAUAAUGUUGUUACAGAUGAACUUACAGAAAGACCAUUUAUUAUGUUUCAUUUCCCUUAGCCAUGCUUUUAAUAUUUUACUUUAGUCCAUUGUAAUCUUUAUUUUCACUUUUGUAGUAUUGCCCUGAUAGUAGUGCACAGAUUCAAAGAGAUGGAUUGUAGUAGUUCAAUGCCUCAGUUUGGUCAAACAUGAAGAAUGUUGUAUUGAACCUUUUGUCCAUCUUAAUGUUUUGAGAUGCUCUUACUUUG